UAUAUCAAACUCCUAAAAUUCCUCCUUUCUUUCAAAAUUAAAUCUCCAUGGCUGCACCAGAUAGCCAUAACUUCAACCUCCCUCCCGGAUUCCGAUUCUAUCCAACCGAUGAAGAACUGGUCGUUCAUUUCCUCCACCGUAAAGCUGCCUUGUUGCCUUGCCACCCCGACGUCAUUCCCGAUCUCAGUCUCUUCACGUACGAUCCUUGGGAGUUAGACGGGAAGGCGUUGGGAGAGGGAAACCGUUGGUAUUUCUACAGCAGAAAGAUUGAAGGUAGAGUUACUGAUAAUGGGUUUUGGAAUCCGUUGGGCAGAGAUGACCCUGUUCUUUCAACCGCCACCUCCGAAGUCGUCGGAAUGAAGAAAUAUUUUCUCUUUCACCUCCAAGACGCCGAUGCCGGACCUCUCAAAACUAACUGGAUAAUGCAUGAGUUUCGUCUUGCCGAUGCUGCCGCCGCCUCUAGUUCUUCUUCCUCUAGACGCCGUGGACGGCCAAAAAGAGAUUACAGCAAAUGGGUAUUAUGCAGAGUUUACGAAAGAGAUGAAGAUCAAAAGGAAGAAGAAGAAGAUGGGGCGGAGCUAUCAUGUUUGGAUGAAGUUUUUCUAACGUUGGACGAUCUGGACGAAAUAAGCUUACCCAAUCGCAUCCAAUGAACACAACAAAAACCAUUUACAUUACAUUACAUUACAUUACAUUACAUUAAUUAAAUAUAUGCUUCCCAACCCAAACACACUCUUCUUACCCACGUGGUGAUCUAUAGCACUUAUUAUUACUACUACUACUACUACUACUACAUCCCCUCCACCACCCAAACCCUCUCUAAAUCACCAACUCAACCCAAUCCCACUUUUUCAUAUAUAUAUAUAUAUAUAUAUAUAUAUAUAUAUAUAUAUAUAUAUAUAUAUAUAUAUAUAUAUAUAUAUAUAUAUAUAUAUAUAUAUAUAUAUCACUUUUUAUUAUCUCUUUAUGCUCUUUUUUUUCUUUUUAAUUAGUUAUAUAUGUUAAAAACAAAUUUCCAAUUUUACUCAACUUUAGUUAUAUAGGGUACAAUUUUGUUUUUUUUCUUUCUUCCCCCUUUUCAUAUUGUUAUGUUAAUUAU